CCGCUCCCCCUCGCCAGGCUCACUCUGCUUGCCGGCGCCGGGACGCGCCAAACGCGGGGCGCCGGCCCCACAGUGCCCCGCGGCGCGCACGCGCAGGCAGCCGUUCCCAGCUUGCAGCGCAGCGCCGCGGCCGAGCCGGCAGCGGGCCGCCCCUGGCAGCCCGGGGCCGGGCCGCCCCCGUCCCCAGCAGCGGGGGUAGGAUGGCGCUCAAGCGGAUCCAGAAGGAAUUAACCGACUUGCAGAGGGAUCCCCCUGCCCAGUGCUCCGCAGGACCUGUGGGAGAUGAUUUGUUCCACUGGCAGGCCACCAUCAUGGGCCCGAAUGACAGUCCUUACCAAGGAGGCGUUUUCUUCCUGACCAUCCACUUUCCUACAGAUUACCCUUUCAAGCCCCCAAAGGUUGCUUUCACGACCAAAAUUUAUCACCCCAACAUCAACAGCAACGGCAGCAUCUGCCUCGACAUCCUGCGGUCCCAGUGGUCUCCAGCACUGACAGUAUCAAAAGUUCUCUUAUCCAUCUGUUCCCUGCUCUGCGACCCCAACCCUGACGACCCUCUGGUGCCAGAGAUAGCCCACACCUACAAGGCCGACAGAGAAAAGUACAACAGACUAGCAAGAGAAUGGACACAGAAAUAUGCUAUAACUCAGUGCCAUCCUGGAGCCCAAGGCAGAGUGGGCAGGCUUCCCUCACAUCCCAUCUGCGGCAAACUGUGUCCCAAGGAGUCCCAGCUUAUCCCAGGAGGCUCCUGGGAAUUGGCAACAGUGUCACUGGGAAGUGGAGCCCUCGCCCUGCAGCUCCCACCGGUCUUCCUCUGCAGUGUCACACGCUGGCAUUCUCCCCUCACACGCAGAAGCACCAAAUAGAAUGUCAAGAUAUAAAGCCCAUAUCUCCCCAUGAGAGAUGCAUUUUUAGAAGCAAGAGCAAAAUUAUGAAACCUGGAGAGAUUUGAGUUAUGGUUUUCUAUGUGAAGUUUUUCACCACCCCGACCUUCUCCCAGUCAGAGCCUACACUACGUCCAAGUGCAAGCCGUUCACAGACCAGAACACGGAGAGGGAGAGACUUUUAAAUGUAAAUAAAAAUGUAAUUCACUCGUAACCCUAAAUGAUAACUGACAUUUAAGUCUACAUUUUUUUUCUAAGCAGAACAGAAGAUACGGAAACUUUUAACAGGUCCUUCAGAGCCUUGAAUUAGCUAGCCUGUUGGGUAACUGGCCUCCUCUCAAGUUUCUGAUGUAACACAUUUGAAGGGUCGCCCCUAGAGUUCAGAGCUUUGAGAUUAGGUUAGCUAGGAGAAGGGCAGGAAAGGGGUUAUUCUAAUUUAACUUCCAAAGAGGGAGGAAAAUUGAGGAGCUUCAAAGCUCUCAAGUCCAAUUUGGCCUGGUCUUUUCUAAGUGGCUUACAAAGCUGGUCUCCCCCGACCCAGGACAGCCGUGGAAGUAAUUCAUGGGUAAGUAGGAGCAGGGGGGUGGAGAAGCAGUAAAAUUCUGCAACCAAAUGGCCAGAUGCAGCCGUUGCAGGGCUGUGGAGUUUGAAAGGAAGCCUACAGACUUUGUCCCUGGGGAUCAGCAAAAGGUGACCAUGGGAGGUUGAUGUGCUCCAGAAACUCCCAAGUUGGAGCACGACUUCACUGCUGACGCGUUCCAGCGAGAAUGCUGGGAUUGGUCACGCCACUGCUUCCUCAGCAAAGCAGGCAGCAGUUGGAGCCUGGUCUGCUUUUCCUUUAUGGGGGUCCCCAUUGGGAUCCUCUUACCAUGAGGCUACUUUUUGGGUUCCAUGGGCCCUGUUCCCUGCCUCUCACCCUGGUAAGGAUUGCCUUUUUAACUUUUGCCUCUUUGCUACCCCUUUGGUCUUUGCUUAAACAAAAUGAUAAAUUUUAACAGAUGAGGAGAAUGCCAUUAUUGCAGUAUUCCCUGGGAAGGCUACCAACAUACAGCUCUGCCACUUCUGGCAGUGGUCACGGUGCACCUUGGAGCCAAGAACACAAAGCAUGGAAAGAUGGGGUGGAUUCACAUUUCAAAGACAAGUCAGAGGCUCAGAGAGGAAAGAUCCAGGCCCAAGCUGGUGUUGAGACGGUGGGUGCCAUACUUGGCCUUUCCAGAGUAAUAGCUUAUGACUCCCCAGAAGCUGAUGAAUUUUCUCACUCCAGUCAAAAUUUCCCCGUGCCUGCUCCUCUGUUGGAGAUGCAUAGUAGGGAAAGUAAUAUCAGCCCUUUGGGAUGCCCUGUGUAAGUUAUCAUUCACCCUUUGUAAGCCUAUGUUGUGCUCUGUACCUGCCAGACCCCUUGGAGAGGCCACCACAGUGGUGCUCCACAGGCCUGUCCCCAGCAAAUCUAGACUCUCAGCCUGGGAAACUCAUCUGUUUGUUAUGCCUUCUAGGACUCAGGUCAGCUUGAAGAACAGGCUUCUUAGGUUGAAAAUCUUAUUUUAAGAUGCACUGUGGUACAGGUGGCCCCGGUGUAACCCACAUGAGCAGAUGUCAUGUUUCCACGGCGAGUCCCAGGUCAGCAACUGGAUAGCAGAUCCAAAAAAGCCAGUGCAGGGUGAUAUGUUUUUCUCUGUGGACCAAAGAGAUCAGAGAGAUGCAUGAUCUUAAGCAACUGAUCCACCAUGAGCAAAUGACUGUUUACUGAGGCUGGAAGUGCCUGGGUUUGAUGGAUGGUGCUGAGAUCUUGAUCCUUUGUCAGGCUCCAGGAACACCUAGGAGUUUCAAGAAUAUGGCAAAGGGUCAAAGUCUCCAGACAAGGGAUUAAAAUGCCAGAACACAAUGUCCAACAGGCCUGGCAGCUCACAGCUGAGCCGUAAGUCAGUGCCGUGGGAUUCCACACCACCUCACUGCAGAUGCUCAAGGAUGGGCAGGUUUAUGUUCCCGAAAUUCAGGAGAAAGUCUCCUUAAGUGCCAGAGAGGUACUUGUGGACUGUUCUGCAGAAUCCUGGCCUAACAUCUGUCCCUGGUACCCAAAGUGGGGCAGAGAAGGAGCAUCAAGAUCAGCAUGGGCCACUUGUCUCUCCUGUGCCUCCAUUCCUCCUGCCAGCUCUUCUUGCUGUGAUGCACACUUCCUCUCCAGCAGUGCUGGGUAAGGGCUAGACCUGGAUUAGAUCUAGCCAUGAAUGCUGGUCCUCUGAGAAAUGGAGGACAUGGCUGCCAGCACCCCCAAGACAGCAGCCUGGUGCCCUGUGGGCAUGGGCAGCAGGCCCUCCCUUCCGGAGCACUUUCCCCCUCACCUGUCCAUUGGCCAGAGGAGGGAGGACCUAUUGUUCUCCCUGGCCAGUCUGUUGGCCUCAUUGUCCCCACCACCCAGGUUUCUGCCUGUUGACAGAGAGAUUUUAUUAAUAACAAAACCAAAAAGCUAUAGAGAAUCUGCAAAACCCCCCAUCAGACCAGAUAGCAGCUUCUUGAUUUUCCCAAAAAAUGUCUCCUUCCUUCUCCAUCCCCCACCCACUUCUCCCAGGCCCCCACUCCCCCCACCCCUCUUCAGACAGGCCCACCGGCUGGGCUCCACUUUAGGAGGAAAUGACAGACCUGCCUCUCGGAGCCUGCCUCUCACCCCUGCUGCCUGCCCACCCUCCCCACUGUCUCACCCCCGCCCACCACAACAGCUCAAGGGGCUGGCCAUGGUCUCCCAGCCUUUACUGCUGGCCAGUCAUCCUAAUCCCUUUCUAAUGACGUUCAAUGGCUUCAUCCAAGCAUUGAUCGAGCACUUACCACAUGCAAGGUAUGGAGGGGAGGGGAGGGAAGAAUUAUAAAAAGAAAGCAUGAAAUGGCUGCCUUCUGGGAGCCCACUGGGGAGACCCCAGGUGGAGAAGGCCUCAGGAAGAAGGGAGGACUCAGGUUGGACUGGGAGGAGGGCCCUGCAGGCAGAGGGAGCGCUGCAGUGAAGGCUGGGCUUGGAACAAGCACAGCACGUUCUAGGAGCUGGCUCAGCACCCGAGGAUUUCCCAAACCAAAGCCCUGUUACCUUCCAGGAGCCAUGGCGUGGGGGCACCUUCCCAGAGCAUUGUUGAGGGUGGAGGGGUGGCAGAACGAAUACAAAUUUUCAUAUUAAGUAGAUGGCAGAAUAAAUAAGCUGGUGCAUGAGACCAUCUCACACUCUAGAUCCCCAGGAAACAAGCACUGUUAUUGGACCAGGGACCUUUUAGUGGCACAGACACAGGCACAAAGCUGCCUCUACCCUUCCAUCCUUGUGAAGAAAGGAAAGAAGUCCUGUUAGGCCUGGGCCUCCCUUGCCUCAGAGUGUGUUCUCAGGAGCAAUAAUGGCCUGUCCAGGGCCCAAGAGGGCCAGCGGUGCUCAAGGGGCAAAAUGAUCCACCAGCUCCAGAAACAAGGAUGGGGCUGGAAGCAUAGGCUGGACUGUGGUCAAGGCGAGGAAUAUAAGGCUGGCCACCCCUGUGGGGGAAGCUGGUCCUUUCCUCAUUCGGUGUCAAUGCCUAGCAAUGCACGCUUGGGAGGCCUUCACCCUGAAACAGGAGGGACUGAGAACCUGUCAACAUCUUUGGGUGAAAAUGUCAGCAAAGUUCUAGUGAAACUGCAAAAUCCCAUCACCUGUGUCUUCUUUUCCCUUUGAGGCUUUCGGGGUUUCUGCCGGCUGCUUGCUCUGCCCCACCCCCCACCCCAGCAGGGAGCUUGGCUGAUGCAUGCGUGUCUCUAGGUCUUCUGGGUUGACGCUUCAUGUAAGACCUGAGAAGCCAGAGACCCUCACAAUAGCUAUGUGAGCAGCAAGCACGCCCGGUCUGUGGUCUUUGUAAAUGGUUAAGGUGGCAGGUAGAACACUACUCCUCCUGAAGGAUGCUUUGCUCUUCCUGUGAGCCCCCUCGUACUGACUUGUGGCUGCCCCUCAGGGCCAAGCCUUAUGAUGAGCAGUCAUAAGGCCACUCUCCUCCUGAGGGCCUGAGUCCCAAACCAGGGUCAGGACUGCAGCCCUCCCACGUCCUUGCCAUUGACUGCUUACUCUCUGUUCAAAUCCCAACAGGGACUCAGAUAGGAAGGUUUUUUUUUUUAAUCUCUCAAGAUGUAAAGUAUUUGUUUACUAGAUUCCACUUACCAUGCAGCAUAAACAAGUUUUCUUUUUAGGGCAGGCAAAGCAAUGAUUCCACUUCUCUAACUCCGUAGUAAUGUGUCCACGCAUGGCUGGGGCAGAGAGAUGUAAUCCUGGUAGUUUUUAAGACAAUCAUUUUCUUGCUAAUUGACAUUUCUGUUGAUGAAGACCUGAAUAAACAGCUAUUCUUUCUUA